AUGGGUGAUCUGCCGGAUAAAGGUGUCGAGACUGUCGGAGUUGACAUGGGAACCAUUGGAGAUGAAAUUGGAACCGCCGGGGACGAUAUGGGGUAUGCUGGAGAGAAAUUCGGAGACGAUGAGAGGACUGGGUAUGUUGAUGAUGAAAGUGAUGUAGAUGUCGAGAAUGCUGGUGUGGUUGGUGUGGGAAUCUGUAAGGUUCGUUUGGGAGCUAGCUUGGGGUAG